UCAUUUUCUAUUUUGAGUUGAUUUAACCAACUGCAAGUCGUUUUAUUCCAUCCCCUAUCUCUCAUUUUUGGAUAUGGUUACUGGUUACUACUGCUGCUGGAAGAAAAAAAUUCCAGAAUGCACACAACAGCAGCAAAUCCUCAUCCAUCUCCACCACUACUCCCUCCUCCGAAAUUCCCAAACAAAAAGACCCUAAAAUCAUCAGCAACAGACACAGACACAGGCCUCCUCUUCCACAACAAGAUCAAGUACCUUAAAUCCCUCAAAAUCGACACCCACAAGGCCUUAACCUUAAACCCUCAUCUCCGCUCCACCCAUCUCUCCACUCUCCACUCCGUCGAGCUCUCUCUAUCCUCCCUCGGCCUCCCUCGCGCCGCCGUCGGCCGUAUCCUCGACAUGCACCCGUCUCUCCUCACAUCCGACCCCCACUCUUCUCUUUACCCAAUUGUCGAUUUUCUGGUGAAUGAAGUGAAUAUCCCGUCUCACGAGGUUUCUAAGUGCAUUACUCGUUGCCCUAGGCUUUUAGUUUCUAGUUUAGAUUCUCAGUUGAGACCUGCUCUGUUUUUCCUGCGUGAUUAUUUGGGUUUUGUGGGUCCGUUUGCUAUUAAUUCUCAGACUAGUUUGCUGUUAGUUUACAAUGUUGAGUCUACUUUGAUGGGUAAGAUUGAGUUCUUGAUGGGUUUAGGGUUUAAGUUUUUUGAGGUUAAGAAUAUGGUGGCUAGGUCUCCUGGGAUUUUGACCUUUAGUGUUGACAAUAAUUUGGUGCCUAAAGUUGACUACUUUGUAAAGGAAAUGAAUGGGGACUUGCAGGAAUUGAAGCGCUUUCCGCAGUUUUUUUCCUUUAGUUUGGAGAGGAAGAUUAAGCCUAGACAUCAAAUGUUGGUUCAGUAUGGGAUUAAGCUCCCUCUGUCGAAAAUGCUGAAGGUUAGCGAUGGCGAAUUUAAUUCAAGACUCCUUGAUUUGCGGUUACGAAUGGCUGGAGAGAACACUUAGACAGUAUAAAUUUUUAAUUGACCCACUCUCAUUUUCGCAUCUCCAUCAAACGUUCUUCUCUUGAUUUCCUUAAAACUUUGUUCUGUUUUCUCGACCCUCUUUCUUGCAAGAGAAUCUUCUGUUGUGAAGUCUUGUUUUCAGUAAUAUUUGCGGACCAGAAUGAGGAUCUACGUACCAGUUGUUAGGCUUCCUUUCCAUCCCUCUAGUGUUAAUAUGUCCUCCGGUCGAUUAGAGGUUCAAAGUUUGAAAUCUUUGGUUAUGUAUGGAGGAAAAACCGGGCUGGUGGCAUGGAAAAAUCAACCAAAAUGCAGGUCCUUUGAGUGAAUAUCAGGAAACUUUCGGGGAUCGCAGACACAUUGGAAGGAACUUACUCCUUUGGUGUAAUGAAGCGUUGAUGUCUAAAAUGCUGUAAAAGAGCCUGCAACCGUGCUCCUAUUAAGUAUUUUUAACAACUGUGUUUUCCUUUGACGGAAAUGCUGUAUCAAAAUAUCAGUUUGCUUCCCAUGUAAUGGGCAAUUAAUGCUAAAUUUAAUUAUUUA